UUUCCCUUUCCUUUCCGGUCCUCCAAGAAAGAAAAGAGGAUAGCCGCUUCCCCCUUCCUCCAAGAAAGAAACUGAAAGCCAAAUCUCCUGCAAUUUCCUCCCCCUCCCCGUCGGUCUCAGGCAGCCGCGCCUCCGCUCCGCCCGUCCUCGGACGAUCCUCGGAGCUCAACAAAGUGAUAGGCGCAAUACUUGCUAUUUGAUGCAUCUUUAGAUGCCAGCCUACAGAAUGGGAUAUUGCGACAGAAGGUUCUCAGCCACUUCCUAAGAACCCUGCCAUGACGUCAUGCCGGAAGAAGAAAACUGAUGAUGAUGUUACCUUCCUUGAAGAUGUGAAAGAGCACAUCGAUGAGUUCAUCCACGCGUCCAUGGAUGAACACAAGACCUGCUUCAAGAAGACCAUUCAGAAGAUGUUUGGCAUGUCGAAGGUUGUCGCAGAGCGGUCCGCUGCAGCAAAGGAAGCUGAAGUCGAAAGUGCUUUGCCCCUUCAGACCAGUGUGUCCCAGUAGAAGAAUGCGCUGGUGGCUGGCCCUUGUUGCCUUCUGGUGGCCUUGUUCUUGUAUCAGGUGUUUUUUCAUUUGUUUCAACUGGUCACUAUAAAUUUCGUGUAAGAAACCUCGAGUAAUAGCAUGAGUAUAACCUGAGACUGGAUCGCUGGCAGGCCUUGCUAUACAAGGCCCACGGUAUAGAGUUCCAGAGUAUAGCCCAAUAAGAGCAACAGAAAGGCAACAAGUCUUUGCGCA